GCUCAGUGUAUGGCACCGCGGGCGCCCAUGGCCUUGGUGGCCUUCCUGCCAGUGCUAGUGCAAGUGUCCAAGCGUGGUUGCCCACCCUGCAGCCUUUCUUCUGCCCAUACCAGAGCUUGCCUCUCCCGGAGCUUCCGGUUCCACUCGACAUGGGUAGAAAAGGCCCACGUGUGCUGCCGGGACCUCUGGACAACUCGGAGUUUUGCCGGGUCGAUGAGUUGACGCCUGGCACGGAUGUGACUGUCGUCGGAGGAGCGCACAGCAAAAUCCUCGGCUACCACGCCAUCAUCUUGAAGAGCAGGGACCAGCAUGCUGCCACUCUCAAUAUAAGGGUGCUGGAGGGCUCUGCCGAGGUUCGCAAGAAGGUCUGGACCAUAGACCGUUCGCAUGUCGCUUACAGAGCCCCCAUGGGAACGGCACAGGACGAUGGACUGGAUGAAGUCGAGGUGGAGGUAGAGGAGGAACCGGCGACCACACAGCCGCGGCAGCCGGUGACCCUGACGUCCAGACUUACCAGGCGACGACUGCAGCUAGCCCAGCGGAUCAGCAAGCCCAAGGAGGAACCGCUCACCAGCCGAGCUCGGUCAAGAUCGCCGCGACGGACACCCCGAGGCCAUGACGAGAAAGACCAGGAAGCCCCCAGCAGGGCCAAAGAGGGCGCGGCCAAGGAGUACGCCAAGCCGAAGCCGAAAAAGCGCCCGCAACCCCCGACUACCUGCACCACGAUCACCUCGGACACUGUGGACGAAC